UCAAGAAUGUCAAGAUAGUGUUGGCGUAUCAAAUUUUGGAUGUUUGUGUAGAGAAAUGUUAUCAUUUUGAGUUGUUUUUAUACGUAAAUAACUAAUUAACUUGGUUUUUUAGAGCUUCCAAGGUAAUUGUUAAGAGCCAACCGACCAAUUUAAUAAACGUACAAUUUCAGCAUACGUUUCGAGAUGGACAAAUUGAAAAGGGUAUUGAGUGGUAACGAGUCCCCGGACGAAGAAAGCGGUAUCAUGUCUCAAUUAGAUCAAGCUACCACCUUGAGUUGGUCGACACGAUUAAAAGGCUUUUUGGCAUGUUUCAUAGUAGGCAUUUUGUUAUCGUUUUUGGGUUCGUUUGCUUUGUUUUUGCAAAGAGGCUUGCCGGUUUUCGCGGUGUUUUACACCCUCGGAAACCUCACGUCCAUAUUGAGCACCUGCUUCCUCAUGGGACCCGUUAAUCAAGUUAAGAAAAUGUUUGCAUCCAAUAGAUACAUAGCUACGAUAUUAGUUAUAGUUUCGUUCGUUUUAACAUUGGUUGCUGCGAUUGUACUAAAGAAAGCGUUGCUUGCGUUGUUGUUUAUAAUAAUUCAAUCGUUAUCGAUGACUUGGUAUUCCCUGUCUUAUAUCCCGUAUGCUCGAGAUGCAGUAAGGAAAACUGUAAUGACUUGCGUAGUGUGAAUUAAUUAGUGUUUAAGCGAGGAUUUUGUUGGUCUACUUUAUCGACUCACCAUGUUCUGCACAAAUUUUUCUUUUAAAAGAUAUUACUCAAACGAUAGUUGAAAAAGUAUAUCGACAGUAUUUUUCGAAAUGUAUUUUACGUGAUUAUAUUUAUUAUAAUAAUAUACUUGUCUACAUAAAGUUAUUGUAUCAAAAUGGGUUUGUUAUUGAAUUUUUGUAUAUUCGUAUAUAUUUAAUGUUAAAAUGAAAUUCCUAAUGCGCUGUAAUAUACUUACAUAAAUAUUUUACUUAGAUGUUAACCGUAAUUUUAUGAAAUAUACUAGUUAUUUUUUGAAAAAUGUAUUAAAAUAUAAUGUGUAAUUAGUAUUUUGAAUUCAUCCGAAUAUUUUAUGAUUAUAAGAUUUAAUUUAAUAGACUGAUCACAUGAAAUUUUUCUGUUAUAAAUAUUUCUUAUAUUCAUUUACA